AUGGUACCGACGGGUGAGCCCGUCUCCUUGUACUACUCCUCUGACUUUAUAUCCCUGGACCAGGAAGUGUCAGAUCUUCGGGCGCCGAAGCCAGAGACGCGCUUUUGCUUGCUGGAACUGCCGAAGGAUCAGUUGAAAUCCCUCCAGUCCGGACAGACCUUUGCCUUCCGAGAGCUCAGUGGCUCACAGGCGGAACAACUGCCAGUGUUGACAGUACCGGUGGCAUGUCUGGCACGUGUGGGUGGUCCAGCAAACAGCUCCAACUUCCCAGAGCAAACUUCGCAGUUUCAUCCCGCGCCCGAAGAUCUGCUUCGGGGAGGCAAGGCUCGAGGUGCGGAGUACUGGGAGAACUUCACCCUCACGAAUGAGACGUUGCGCAGCGGCGGCUACGAUCAUAAUCCAAGCAUUCGAACGCUCUUGAACAUCAUGAAGGGCAUGGGCUAUGACCAUAUUGCCACCAGCACUCGCUACGGAGACACCUGCUGUGCUUCCUGUGGCUUAGUGAACACUGCAGAGCUGGUCAAGGGGACUGGUUUCUACGCAGUGGCUUCGGCUGAGUCAAUGCAAGCGCAUGGUAUUGGCGAUGGUCACUACUGCACUUCUGCUGGCCCAACCCGCGGUGACACCGUAGGCAUUGGCUGCAUGAGCUGCGCCAAGGGCAAGUUUCUGCAGGCCCAUCCCUUCUCAUACCCUCUCUGGGCUCAGCCCAAAGAUCCCAUCUUCAACAAGGAGAUCAAGAUUGUGGUCGCCGACACUUGCCCCCACAAAGGCAAUGAAGGCUGGUGCCCUGGGAAAACUGGACAAGGGAACAAGUUUGGUAUCAAGAAUCACUUCGACUUCACCAAUCCGCCUGCUAAGUACGACAACUACUACUUUGUUUGGUCCAAAAUUGAGUGCCCUUGGCGCAUCAAGCGACGUUACAAGCAACUGAGCCGAUGCUAA